AUGGGCAAAUACCGACUAAUCGAGAAGUUGGGAGAAGGUGGUUAUGGGACUGUUUGGAAGGCCAUUAACAAAUGGACUGAUCAAGUAGUGGUGAUCAAAAGAUUGCACAAGAAAAAUAAUGACAGGUUUUAUGAAUCCCUCUUCAAGGAAGAAGAGAAGUCUCUACGUGCACUUCAACACCCCAAUAUUGUAUCAUUGUGGGACACCUACGAGGAAGGAGGGCAACUCAAUAUAGUACUAGAAUACAUGGAUUUUGAUCUAUGGAGAAUCAUUAAGAAUAGAAAAGAACCCUCCUUGAGUAGAACAGUUCAAAGACUGUGUUUUAAGAUUUUGAAAGCUCUGGAAUAUAUGCAUGGACUUGGGUAUUCCCACCAUGAUCUCAAGCCUGAAAAUAUCUUGCUGAAGGAAAACAACAUCAAAAUUUCAGACUUUGAGCUUGCUAUUAACUUGAAGAGAAAAUGGAAAAGAAUGAGCCCUUGGAUCCAAAUGUUGCAAUCAUAG